AAAAAAAAAAAGCAGCAGCAACAAAACUACACUUCCCAGAAAGCUUAUUGGUCGUUGAUUUUGAAGCCAGUGGUGGUCGUGGAGGAGAUCAGCUGAGGGAAGGCCGGAGAAUGAGACUCCCAAUCAUAGCAAAGGCUUUACAGAACCGAAAUAGAAAUCAACUUCCACCACCGCUACUCUUCUCCGCGUUUUCACGCUCUUUCUCGCAGUUUCUCUCACAGUCUCAGCUACCUUCUUUUGGCAUCGCGUUUGAUAUCGAUGGCGUCCUUCUUCGAGGCGAAUCUCCCAUCGGCGGCUCUCCUCAAGCGCUCAAACGAUUAUACGAUUCCUCCGGUGCUUUGAGGAUUCCUUACAUUUUCUUGACCAAUGGAGGUGGUUUUCCCGAAUCUAAAAGAGCCUUGGAGUUGAGCAAACUUCUAGGUGUGGAUAUUUCACCAUUGCAGGUUGUACAGGGCCAUACACCUUUUAAACAGCUGGUGAAUAGAUUUGAGAAUGAAUUUGUUGUUGCUGUGGGAAAAGGAGAACCUGCUGCUGUGAUGGCUGAAUAUGGAUUUAAAAAUGUUCUCUCAAUUGAUGAGUAUGCAUCUUAUUUUGAUGGCAUUGAUCCACUUGCACAAUAUAAGACAUGGACAACUAAGCAGGAUGCUAAACAGAGUAGUACUUUAGAGCAGAUGAGGACAAGAGACAGUGUCCACUCACAGAGAGUUCAGGCGACAUUUAUUGUCAGUGAUUCUGUUGACUGGAGCAGAGACAUUCAGGUUCUGUCCGACAUUUUAAGAACUGGAGGUCUUCCUGGAAGGGAGAUAGGACACCAACCACACCUGUAUUUUGCAAAUGAUGACCUUGCAUACCAGGCUACUUUUCCUUCAGAACGCCUUGGCAUGGGAGCUUUCCGAAUUGCAUUAGAAUCUGUCUUCAAUAGUAUUCACCCUAAUGCUCUGGAGUAUACAUCUUUUGGAAAGCCAAAUCCAUUUGUAUUCAGGAAUGCUGAAACUGUCCUAAAGCAACUUGUUCCAUCAAUUCAUUGUGGCACCAAUCCUGUGGAUCAUGUGAAUGCUGGAACUCAUCAUUUCAAGAAACUAUUUAUGAUAGGAGAUAAUCCUUCAGUUGAUAUUAGAGGUGCACGACAGGCUGGACAUCCCUGGUUUUCAAUCUUGACAAGGACAGGAGUUUUCAAGGGAACAGAAAAUCACACUGAGUUUCCAGCAGAUUUGGUUGUUAACGCCGUGGAAGACGCUGUGGAGUAUGUUCUGAGUAAGGAGCGUACCUAAAUCUGCAAGGGCUUUUAACAAACUUUUUACUUUUUGGAACGUAGGCAUUCAUUUUCACACCAAAAAAAAGGGGAGCAUGGAGGGUAGAGCCUGGUAAUGUCAUCUGUUUGGAUAAAGGAUGACAGGUUUAAGCUCAAUUAAUUGUUUACCUCAUGCAUAUAUAUUAGUUUUUAAUGCCAUUAAUAUGCGACUGGUAUACUGUAUUUGCUAGUUGGUAGGUGAAGCUGAAUGUGGCUAGUAGAGUCCAUAUAAAGUGCAUGACCGCAUGUGCUUCACUUUUUGGCUUUUAGCUUACAUGAAAAAUUGCUUAAGACAUGAAGGAAAUCAGCAUUGUUACAAAUAUUGAAUAAACCAUAUGGCAACAAAACUUUAGCUUGUUUCA